GUUCCUUUACUUUCGUGCGAAGCUCAUCGUGACGAUCAUCAACCAUCUUGCUCACCGUGACUCAAAAGAAUCCAACGUACUACCCCAUCAUCCAUCAAGAUGAAGUUCGAUAUUCUCUUCAUUAUGACCCUCUUUGUCGCCUUCGUGGUGUCCGCCGCCGUCCCUGAUGUCGAUGACACUGUCGAUGUCACUCCUACUGAUGAAGACUGGUCUGACUUGGACUUUCUCGCCUGGGACGAGGCUGACGAGGCUGAUGACAUCGAUGACAGCGAUGUUGUUGCCCGUGAUGAAGCCCUGUCAAACUCCGAAGAUGCUCCCGCUUAUCAUGACGGAGAAAUGGGUACCCUGGACCGUCGAUGCCACCGUCGCUGCCGCCAGGACUCUCACUGCUGCCACACGGAUGUGUGCUUCGGCGGCGUGUGCAUUGGACCGGGUCGUUACCCUUAGGUGACAUCGAACCCUCAUCGAUAAUUGACCUGGUAGCCUAACAGCAUCGCCUUGUCGGUUACAUCGUCUGGUACCUGCGGUUAUUGCUGAACGAUGGGUGAGAAUCGGGCUUCAAUUACCAGCGGGGGUAUUAUCUGGGGUGGUAAUUCGGAGGUUAAUUGUUUUUCACCUUUCUCAUUUUCAUGUUAUGUUCUUGAGGUUUGCUACUCAGUCGAUCUGAGACCCUUGCUCCUCCCUCUUCAUUUGUUUUCGCU